UGAGGCAGUCUGAAAUUUACUUUCGUUGUGAGACUAUUAUCAUGAGUUUCCAAGACAAAGUGGUGCUUGUGACCGGUGCUAGUUCUGGCAUUGGUGCAGCAAUUGCCAUAAAGUUCGCAGCAGAAGGUGCCAAAGUAGCGUUGGUGGGCAGAAACCAGGAGAAACUGAAUAACGUCGCGAAGAAAUGUGGUAAUCCUGUAGUAAUCGUUGCUGACGUCUCUAAAGAUGAUGACGCCAAAAGGAUUAUCGAAGAAACCAUAAGAUAUUUGGGAAAAAUUGAUAUUUUGAUCAAUAAUGCUGGUAUAGGAGGUAGUACAGAUAUCCAGAAAGAAGGUGUAAUUGAAGUUUAUGACAGAGUGAUGGCAACAAAUCUUCGUGCAGUUGUUGUCUUGACCCACCUCGCUGUGCCACAUCUAGUAAAUUCAAAAGGUAACAUUGUAAAUAUCUCGAGCGUUGCUAGUAUGAGGGCUUUACCUGACAGUUUCGCGUAUUGUGCAUCAAAGGCUGGUCUAGAUCACUUUACUAGAGCUGUGGCAUUAGAGCUAGCUCCACAUGGAGUUCGAGUUAAUGUGGUUAAUCCAGGACCCGUUCGAACAGAUAUAAUUGAAAAUAUGGGAGCACCCAAGGAAAUGCAAGAUGCUGUUUUCAAAAGAAUGCAAGAUAUGACUGCCUUAAACAGGGUUUCAGAACCUGAAGAAAUUGCUGAUCUCGUUUUGUUCAUAGCGAGCGAAAAGUCUAAGGGUAUAACUGGUUCGGCUAUCGUGACUGACAAUGGAUUUAUAGUGAAAUCUUAAAUGAUG